GCAUUUCCCUCCAGUCGGCCUGUGAGAGUGAACACCACUGUCGCAUGUGUAAACUUUAUUCUCUGUGAAUGAAAACAUCAUAAGGUCGCAGCCAUGGAGUGCCUCAAAGACUGCUGCAAGAACUUCAUGAAGAAGAAGGGGAGGGAGCAAGAGACCCAAGUGAUCGCUCUGAAGAUGCCUCCUAACAAGGCAGCAGCAUCAGGGUGGGAGCCGGAAGGGAGGAGGGGGGUCACAGAAGAUUACCUCCUGUCCAAGCUGCCACCGGAUGGCAGAGAGGUGCCGUUUGUCCUGCCGACAUUCAAGGCAUCCUACGUCCAACCCAGAGGCUCCCGCUACCCCAAUUUACAGUCUGGGCCGCAGAGUUCAGCCCGGUGCACGUAUGCAGAGAGGAAGGCAGAGCUGCUGGGGUCCAGUCAAAUGUCCUACAGCCCAGAGUCCAGCUUCCAUCAGGUCCAGCUGGCUGAGUACUUUUCCCCUGGAUCGACCCGCCGUGACACACUGAAGAACAAAGUCUCCAGUCCCCAGAGUCCAGGUUGGUCUCUGAAACCGGGUGUCGAGCAGCGACUGAGCAGCUCCAUGUUUGAUCUGUCCAGCCCUCAGCUUCACAUGCAGCGCUUUGAUUCCGUCUCCAGCGUCCUCAGCAGUACGUCCUCCAGGAUUGGCUCCAUUGAAAGCAGCCUGGACUCCAUCACUCUGUCUGGGGACGAGCGUGAGCUGGGGAAAGUGUGCGUCCGACUGAGCUACCAGGAGGCUCUGGAGCAGGUGUGGAUCACUGUGGUUCAGUGUUCAGACCUCAACGUUGUUCCGGAAGGAGUGGAACAACAAAAGAUUGGAUUUAAAGGGAUCAUCACCAUUCCCAAACCGAUACAGUUCAAGAGCUCAGUCAAGGAGUACCGUCAGGAUAUGCCCUUCAUGGAGACCUUCGUGUUUGCGCUGCGUCUCCAGCAGUUGCGCUGCAGUGCUUUGGUGCUGCGGCUGCAGACACACAUCCCCAAGAAGCGUACGGUGGCAGAGUGCGUCCUCUCGCUAAGAGAGCUUGGUCCUCAGGAGACAGACCACUGGCUCGAGCUCAGCCCUCCGUCCAAAUCAUCUGUGUGCCACUCUGAGCUGCAUCUCACCACCUGCUUUCAGCCAGUCAACGGACGCAUCCAGCUCCAGGUCCUCGCCGCCCAAAACCUCCCACCAUCCUCUUCACCACUCACACAAGCAUUUUUCGUCAAAGUGGAGAUGCACCAGUCGGGGCGGGUGGUGAUGAAGAAGAAGACUCGCAUCCUGAAGGCCUCCGGGAGCCAGUGUAAGUGGGCGGAGACAUUUCACUUCCUGCUGAUUAUGUUAGACGAUGCCUGCUCGCUGACAGUCAAACUCUACAGCCGCAGCUCAGUCAGGAGGAAACAGUGUCUCGGACAGGUUCAGCUGGGAUUCGACAGCCCUGUCCCAGAAGCAGUGGAGCAGUGGAAGGACUCGAUGGCUCACCCAGAGAAGGUGGUGUCUGCAUGGCACAGGCUGAGCGCUGUCUAAACCUCCUCUCAUAACGUCUACUGUACGUGCUACAGACAUGAUGUUUUCGUGCUGCAGGUCCAGCCGUGCCCGCUCGGCCGGCCACACUCUUGUACUGAGUCGACUCUGACGGACUGGACUGUAAACUACAGAACAUUCGCUGAACGCCCUGAAAGACCAGAUUUCCACUGUUCAGGUGCUCGGUUGUAAAUAGGGGUUUCGAACAAAGUGUAAUUGCUGGAAGAACUGUUUUCUGUGUUUUUUGAGUAGAUGAAACUAAGGUUUUUUUCUUGACCAAAAAGUAGAGCAUUUGCCAAACUGACAGAAAGUUAGCUGCAGUGCAAUUAGCUGUAUAUAAUGCUAUAUUUUGUAUCAUGCUUUUUAGUGAAAGCCUUGUCACUCUGUUUCCAUUGGAUAGAAAGUUUACAGGCAGAGAAAGUCACCAUUAAGACAGACUCACUAUGUUGAAAACUUCAUGUUAUCAGUCUGUAAUUAAGACUGGAGAUAUUCUACAUUUUUCUUAAUGUCAACAAACCCAUAAAAAGAUCAAAACUAACUCUAUUUUAGUCUUUUUCGAGGUACUUUCCGACUUUCCUGUCUUGGGCUUACAGGUUAAUCCCUUUGGUUCCUUACUAAAGAUGUAAAUCUUUAAAAACAAGUCACGACUCAACACUUACUUACUUCCAACUCAUUAAAUACCAAUGCUUGGUCAGUGGCCCGAGGCUUCAAUCUACAGUAGGAUUUCUAUUUGUGCGUCAGCUCUAUGUAGAACCUACACACAUGGCCUAAGCCAUUGUGAGCAUUUAUACUUGUGCAGUGGUGUGUCCGUAUCACUUUGCAAGUACAAGUACACAAAUCAGC